GGCAGAGUGAAACCUUUCUUACUUUUGCCGUGCUUCCUAGGAUCAUGAGUAGCACUUGUCAACCACUGGAACUCCAUAAUGCCGCAUCAAAAGCACGACCAGGCCGCUGCAAAGUGAGAUAUUGAAUUGAUAUCCUUCCGCGCUUUCUCCACGCUUCACCCCACGUCAUACCUCGAUAUCUAAGCUUCCGUAGCGCUCUAUAUUACGGCCAGUAGCUCAGUCCAUACGCUCUGGAGCUUGCAUAUCGAAACCAUACCUCCCGAGGCUCAUACUAGCUGCGCAACUCGCACAUUGCUGCGCUCAGCUUGCUGCUCAUCUGACAGGCCGCGAAUGAACACUACAACAUAGUUAUCUGCGCAAACGCACACAGAAUACGCCAUGGCUCCAGGGUCGAUGAGAGAGACCAUCAAGGCUCUCGACAACACCUUCAGCGCCCCUGAAGUACCCUAUCCGCUACCUGGCGAACUCCGCGCGACUAUACAGAGCUUUCUCGACCGCUACGACAACAUCGACGACCACGAUUCGCAACGAUUUCACGAAGACCUCCAUGCACUGUAUCAACGGCAUGUCGCGGAGGAUGCGGCUAAACACGGCGCAUUUGUUUCGACACUGCGACUAGUACGCCCAGCUCUUACUGGAGAGGCGAGGUUGACGAUCUGGUGGAAUCUAGUUCUGAAACCCACAAUCGAUGGAAUAGGGCACAAGAGGCAUGAAAUCGAGGAUGCAAGAGAAACUGUGCAGAGCAUACUGGUGUAUGAUUCCGAGGAGGACCAGAGCGGAGAACAUGCUCGUUUGUCGAAGCUGUUCAUUAAGAAGAUUCUGGAUGCAUACCUCGUUAGAACCGACGUCUCAGCCUCACCCGAGAACGCUGUGUCGCCCGAAAAUGAGUUCAUUGCGAACGAGCUCGAGAGUGUCCUGGUCACGUUUGGAAGAAAGAUGCCGAAGUUACUCCUCUCCGCUCUUGACGAGCUGUUCGUACAGAAGCAGUACCGCAUGCAAGCAUUGGGUCUUUUGAGCGCUUUCGUGCGCCUACAGCCUCCUCAUCUACACCUGGUGCUCGAAACUUCGCUCCUACAGCACUUGGAGAAGUGUCUCCUUGUCGACAACUCCACCGUCGUGAUCGAACUUGCCCUAGUGGUACUGAUCAUGCUUUUACCUCACAUUUGUGGAGCUCUGACGGCCGACCAUCACCUCCAGAAGCUGUUCCUGAUCUACAGCAGAGUCCUAUGUUGGGACAAGCUGAGCAAGUCUGAAGAUCACAUUGCCGGGAGGGACCAAGAUGAGAGAGAUUUCGAAGACAGCGACGAAGAAGAGGAAGAGGAGGAUGCAGAAAGCGACCAAGCAUGGGAGCAGCUGCAGCCGGCAGAAGGGGAGGAGGGAGGUUCGCCAACACUUAUGCACUACUUCACCUUCCUGUACGGAUUGUUCCCGCUGAACUUCAUGAGCUUUAUCAGAAAGCCUAGGAAGUAUCUGAAGUCUCUCAACUUCCCGGGCGCGAGGGACUUUGAUCUUGACCAGGAUCUCAUCUAUAGCCGAACUGAACCCUACCGGACUGUGCAUCUCUUGCACCCGAACAUGUUCACGACAACUAUCGAAGAGGAGCUGAGUGAGAACAGGUGGUUGAAGAGUGACCCUGCAGAUGUCGUUACCGAGUGUAUGGAUCUCUGUGUGGCUGUGUCAGCAACGCUGGAAGAUCCUGGACCUCCUCCUACAACCAAGCUUCCGCCUGUGCCACCUCUACCCGAGGUUCCAGCAGAGUUCGCCUUAGAUGACACGGGAAACGACUCUGAUGUAAGCUGGAGAAACACCCAGUCUACCAUGUUCGUCCCUCCAGCAGACGCGCCCGUCCUGCCAGAGACCAUCGAGAUGCCGUUGAGGUCAAAGUCAGUUGUGUCUGUGAAGUCCUUCAAAUCGGCCUCGCCCCUACUGAAGACUCACGACAUGACGGAUUCACCAACCCUACCACCUGCAAAGGAGGCCUUGAAGCAAAACUUGCUCGGCGCCUCCACCGCAUCCUCGCAGCGACGAGUAAACCCACAGCCAAGCCUGGAUAGCUUUGCGCGUUCAGCAGCCGGGACUAUUUCGCCUCCACACCCGCACGUUGAUUUCCACAACCAGACGAUGUCAUCGUUGCAGCGUGAAAUCAUGCUUCUUCGAAACGACCUGAACUUCGAACGCUACUUGAAGCUUCAGCACCUCUCGCACAUCGGGCAGCUACAGCGAAAGCAUAUCCGAGAGGCUGCGGCAGAGGCAGACACUCAGAACUUGAUUAAUACCAACAAGACAUUGAAGGCUAGGCUCACAAAGGCGAACGAGCUGUAUGCUCAGCUCAAGAAGGAAACGCUUACUAGCCGUAACCAAUCCAAGAAGUGGGAGAGCGAUCUCAACGCCAAGGUCCGGGUAUACAGAGACAGCGAAAAGACAUGGCAUAGCGAAGAAGACAGUCUGCGCUUUGAGCUGCAGAGAACACAGUCUGACUGCGAGCACCUCAAGAAGAUCGUUGAGAAGGCCGAAGCUGAGCAGCUGAGGGCUGAACAACGCACAAGAGCCCUCGAGUAUGAACUCGAAGACUACAGCAACGUGCGCCACGAGCUCGAGACUGCGCAGCAGAAGAUGAUAGAGUAUGAGGAGCAGACUCAAGACCUCCACAGUCUCAUUCAGGAGCGUAACGACUUGCGUAACGACCUCGAGAUUGCGAACAUGCGCCUGAACAGUCGCGAGGCCGAACGUGAACGUUCCAUCACGGCUUACGAACGGCGUAUUAUGACACUGGAGCAACGUCUGCAAGCUACCGAAAAGUCAGCAGGGCCACAGGGACAACUGCCUGCUUCUGUUCAACAGAUGCUCGACUCAGCUCUCGCAGCAAGCCAAGCCAAGCUGCAAACCUUAAAGAAGACGUAUCAGAACCUCUCAGCACAACACACAGAAUUGCAGAUGAAGUACCAAGACUUGGAAGCUGAGCAUCAAGCUGCAUUGGGUCGCUUCGAUAUCCACGAGAAGACAGGGCACUACGAGUAUGCGCAAUCACAGUUGAGUCGCAACUCCAGCUUACGUGAAGCGAACAACCACACCUCACGAUACCUGCCUCCACUGUCGACUGGAACUCCCAUCAGCGAAGAGCGCGAGUACUUCACAGAUUACCACUCUCCCAACUCAGUGAGCAGUCCAAACUCAACCAUCUCACCAGCAGCACAACGCCCAGCUCGCCUAGACUCCAUGCCCAGUCAUGGAAGUCAGCGAUCCCAAAGAUCGCCCCCAGGUCCUUCGAUGUAUCCUGCCUUCGGUGGCGCCCUUCACCCAGACUUGUACGAACCACAAGCUCUUGCGAGAAGCGGCGCUGCGGCUCAGUCAAGUGCUAAGAGCAGUUUUUCUAUCGACACAGAGGGCAGUGGCGAUAAAGACAAGGUUGAUCCAAAAUCUGAAGUCAGGGUGUACGGCCGUGGUGGCGCCCAGAACAUUGGGAAGAAGGUUAAGGAUAAGGAGCAAAAGAAGUCAUCCUCCUCUAAGACAGGGGGCUUCCGUGGUCUUAGAGGGAUCAUGUGAAGCAGAGCUGACACAGUUGCCACGCCUACAGACGCAUCUCGAUGGAUUGGGAGGGACAUCGGUCGUUUCUGCGUCAGGGACGGUACUCUUGUUGCGUAUCACUGCUUUCGUCACUGCAAAGUGGUAGUCACAGCACCAACGCAAGCGAGAGCGUCCUGAGCGCUAAGUAAUAGCUACGAAGUACUCACCACCUUUGCUCAAACUGAACAAGGCAUACCAUCAUUAAUCAAUAUUGUGUAAUACCGUUCCUCUAGGUCAUGCCGUUUCAAGACCUUAUGGAGAAAGAAGAGGUGAAUGUGGUGGUGGUGGCGAAGGCGAAGAUG